AUGGAUUUUGAGAAACCCAGCAUUCUCAAGAUGCGACGCGCCGAUCUAAUCAAAGAAGUUCAAGAUGAACGCCAAAAGAAAGAGCAGCUGAUGGCGGACUUCAAACGUGAUCUGGAUAUGGUCAACAAGAAAAAUGAGGUGUUGACCGCCGAGAGGGAUUCCUUGCUGCAGCAAAUGUCCAAGAAUGAGGCUCAGAACCAGCAACUGCUUGAGCCCAAUCCGUCGCAGCCAUCCGGAGUAAAGAAUGACGACGGGCCGACCACCGAGAUGGAUUCCUUGCGGCAGCAGUUGCAGCAGGAGAUCGCCAAGAGCGAGGCACUGCGUCAGCAAAUGCUGAAGCACGAAGAGUUGCAGAAGUCCAUGGAGCAAAAUACCAUUCAGAUGCAGGAGAUGUCGGAGAAGAUCGAGGAGCUAACCCGUCAGUGCAAAGUUUCUGAAGAUGGGAUGAAAGCUUUGGACCUACAGCUGGAGAAAAUCAACUAUGAGAACUCCUGCGCCAUUUGCUUGUUGCCGUGGGAGGCGCAGGGAGACCAUCGCAUUAUCUCACUGCACUGCGGCCAUGUCUUUGGAGAAUAUUGCAUCCUGCAGCACUUGGAGCGUAAUUCACGGUGCCCAUUGUGCAAGCAGAACGUUAUGCUUGGUGACAUGCGAUAUCUCUUUGGAUCCCGCCUUAUGCCGGUAGGACGUUCGGCUUCUCAAGCAUUAGUGAAUGCCCCAGCAGUACACAAUGCUCCAGCAACUCAAGAUGCUCCAGUAGGACAGAAUGCUUCUGCCCCUCCAGUUCUUCAGGUUCAGGUUACUCCAGUACAACCGUUUCGACGUCACUCAGCCCGUUUACAACAACAGGCAGCUCAGUUGACUUCACAACAGCAAUUGCAGCCGGCUCUUCCAGGACAGCUUGGUCCACGUCCAGUACAGCGGAUUCUAGCAGCCCUUCCACCGACUCCAGCUUUAGGCUUGGAUCAUGCUGCAGGAGGGCAAUUGGUACCACAAGCUUCAGGAUCUCAGAUGAAUCCACGUCCAGUACGUGUCCAGUAUCUUCCAGGAUAUCAGGAUGGUCAAGAUCUUAUUGUGCUGGUAGAUUAUUGA